AUGAAUCUAAAGAGAAAAAGUUGGCAGCUUUCCGGCGAAGUUUCGGCAAAGAGUAGAGGAAAAGACAGCCUGUUAGCUGAAGACUUGGAUUUCCAGACUACCCUCAAGCCGGCCCUCGAAAUUACAGAAGAGUUUACAUUAAAUUUAGAGCAAAAAAUUAAGUAUCGUAUUCAAAAUUUACUUUUUGAUGAUGUUCAACGCAAAGAUCCUCUUCCUGUCUCCGAUUAUAAGCCGAAAAUUGUGCUUGAUAUGGAAAAAAGCAAGCUGAGCUUAGCCGAGAUUUACGAGCAGGAAUAUCAAAGGGAAACUUUCCAGGCGGUAACGCCUGCUGUUGAGCAAGAAAAGAAUAAAAAAUACGACGAGUUAGCCAGAUUGUUCGAAUCUCUUUCACGCAAAUUAGAUGCCUUGACGAACGCCAGCUUCACUCCGAAGCCGCCCAAAGAGGAAGCCGUUGUGAUUGUGAACGCCCCGUCCGUCCAAAUGGAAGAGGUACUUCCGGCCGUCGUAAGCACCACCCAGCAUUUGGCGCCUGAAGAAAUUCUUCCGAAGGACAAACAUGAGCUUAAGACGUCCGGCGAGAAAGCUAAAGCCGAACGUAAUCGUCAAAGGCGACUAAAAAAGCAACUGAUGCGCCGAAAGCAAAAGGCUCGUGAGGAGGCGCUGCAAAAGAAAUCCAAAAUCAAUAUUAGCGCUGCUAAAAAGUACGAGUCUCUACAGGCUUUGAAAAAAAUCCGCGAAGGUAAAACGAAAAGCGCCAAAUUGGGGAAAAAGGGCGAGACGCUCCACUACGGCUCCUCGGCAGCUUUUUUUUCCAAAUUAGGAGAGCAAGCCUACGUGGAUCACAGGAAAAACGCUCCCGAGACAAAAUUUAAGGCCGCCAAGUUUAAAUUGUGA